AUGGCCAAUUCCAAGAAUCACAGCACACACAACCAAUCCCCAAAAUGGCACAGAAUUGGCAUCAAAAAGCCCCAUCACAAAUACAGGAAUCUCUUAAGGGGGUCGACCUCAAGUUCUCGAGGAGCAGGCUGUUUGAGAAGAAGCACAACACCUGAAGAGGAUGCAGGCAAACAAUGCAAAGACAGUGAGCGCAUGUGCAGAGGCCAUCAAAGCCCCUGUGAAGCCGAAGAUGCCAAAGGACUCAACAGCAAACUCAGCCGUCUUGCUUUCAUUGCUCAUCCCAAGCUUGGGAAGUGGAUUAGUAGCAACAUUGUCAAGGCUCGUAGGCUCUGCCACCCAAAGCCCAAGGCUCAGACCAAGGAAGAGGCCUCAGCUCCAGCUCAGGCUCCCAAAGGUGCCCAGGCUCUUUGGAAGGCCCCAUAG